GUUAAAUGUAACAAAUGGUUUUGAUAAGAGUUAAAUUGGCAACUUUUUGAUACUGAAGGGUCAAAUGCAACUUGAUCUUCCCAGAAGGAUAACACGACAGCAUCGGUGACGGCGGCGCCCACGUCCAAAUCUACGGUUUCAGUUUCAGCCGCAGCUUUAUUCCCUUGUAGUCAACGUUGCGUUUGUUUUCAACUUUGAAACCCCCUUUGAUCAUCCAAUUCUAAACUACCUUACUUGAAAAGUACAAUUCCGAAUCACCGAUACUCUUCCCUUUUUGUUUACUUGGAUUUCCUGUCUUCUCUAUAAAUGUUGUCGUGAAAAUUCCAUGCUGAUCUGCAUUCCUUAUUCUCGCCGUCUCAAUAUUCCCUUUUCUGUAUCUCAACAUCUUGCGAUCAAUGGAGACGGCGGUCUCGUACCACCCUCGGAGCUCUCUAAAUGGGGAUUUCGGCUUUGGUGCCAGUGAUCGCAGAUUCGCGUUCUCACGCCAAGCUUCGUUUAAGCAAUCGCAAGAACCGCACUCGCCCGUUUCAUUCCCUUCGAACAAUUCCAGAGGGCCUUUACUUUCCCGGACCGACUCCAGCAUAGACAUUCCUCGGGGGCAUUAUUGGUCAGGCCAAGAUCACUACUUUUCUGAGGGAAAGUACCCGGAGAAAGUCUCUUUGUCCUCUCUUAUUUUCUCCGUUUUUCGAAACAUCAGGUCUGGGCAUAGAUAUAUGAAGAGACUAUUUUUUAUGAUUUCCCUGAAUGUAGCCUACUCCACUGCAGAGUUAUUCAUUGGCCUCUUUACUGGGCGCGUAGGUUUGGUGUCUGAUGCAUUUCAUUUGACUUUUGGAUGCGGUCUUCUGACAUUUUCAUUAUUUGUUAUGGCGGCCUCAAGGAAGAAGGCUGAUAGAGAUUAUACAUAUGGGUAUAAAAGGCUAGAAGUUUUGUCUGCAUUUACAAAUACUCUUUUCCUUUUGUUUAUGUCAUUUUCUCUUGCGGUUGAAGCACUUCACGCAUUCAUACAAGAUGAAUCAGAGCACAAGCAUUACUUGAUUGUUUCAGCUGUGACCAAUUUAGUUGUGAAUCUCAUUGGUGUAUGGUUCUUCAGGAAUUAUGCCCGGAUUAAUCUCACUUAUAGAAAUGCUGAAGAUAUGAAUCAUCAUUCCGUUUUCCUGCAUGUUCUAGCAGAUUCUAUUCGCAGUGCAGGUUUGAUACUGGCAUCCUGGUUACUUUCCAUUGGGGUCCAGAAUGCAGAAGUCUUGUGUUUGGGACUUGUUUCUGCUGCGGUUUUUACACUGGUCUUGCCACUCUUUAGGACAACUGGUGGUAUCUUGCUCCAAAUGGCACCUCCUAGUAUUCCAACUUCUGCUUUGAGCAAAUGUUUGAGACAGAUAACUGCUCGGGAAGAUGUGCUGGAAGUUUCACAGGCUCGUUUUUGGGAGUUAGUUCCUGGUCAUGUGGUUGGUUCGCUCUCAAUUCAGGUGAGGAAAGGGGUGGAUGAUCGUCCAUUACUAGGACUUGUGCAUGGUCUAUACCAUGACUUGGGUGUGCAGGACCUCACCGUGCAGACUGAUGAUACAUGAACUUCUCAUGUUCUUGGAUUUCUGCAGUUGAUUAUCACCAUGGAUUGCUUAACAAACGUGGAACGAAAAUCAGCUAACAAAAUGUUGUGUUAAUUUAUUUUUGUAUAUUAGAACCAUUUUUGAGUGGAAUAUUAUAACCAUUUUGAUUGCCCCAAAAAUUGCUUGUCAGCAUAACAAUGUUGCCCUGCUUUCUCUAGAUGUGAGGAAACGUGAAUCUAAAAUUCAUGCCUACGGGCACGGGAUACUUACCAGUUACCAUAAAUAUGGUCUGUUUUAAAAUCGAAUGUUGAUUGUUUUAUUUUAA